GCCACGCCCACAGUCUCCUGUAACAGUUGUUCUUAAAAUGGCGCCGUUGGAUUUGGACAAGUAUGUGGAAAUUGCGAAGCAGUGCAAAUACCUUCCCGAAAACGACUUGAAGAGACUGUGCGAUUAUGUGUGUGACCUGUUGCUGGAGGAGUCCAACGUCCAGCCUGUGUCCACCCCUGUCACAGUAUGUGGGGACAUUCACGGCCAGUUUUACGACCUGUGUGAACUCUUCAGAACCGGGGGCCAGGUUCCCGACACCAACUACAUUUUCAUGGGUGAUUUCGUGGACCGGGGCUACUACAGCCUGGAGACCUUCACGUACCUCCUAGCGUUAAAAGCGAAGUGGCCGGAUCGCAUUACGUUGCUGCGGGGGAACCACGAAAGCCGACAGAUCACACAGGUGUAUGGGUUUUAUGAUGAGUGCCAGACGAAAUACGGGAACGCAAAUGCCUGGCGGUACUGUACGAAAGUGUUUGACAUGCUGACAGUAGCUGCUUUGAUUGAUGAGCAGAUCCUGUGCGUGCACGGCGGACUCUCCCCAGACAUCAAGACCCUGGACCAGAUCCGCACGAUCGAGCGUAACCAGGAGAUCCCCCACAAGGGGGCUUUCUGUGACCUGGUGUGGUCAGACCCUGAGGAUGUGGACACAUGGGCCAUCAGUCCAAGAGGUGCCGGUUGGCUCUUUGGUGCCAAAGUCACAAAUGAGUUUGUCCAUAUCAACAACCUAAAGCUGAUUUGCCGGGCGCACCAGCUUGUCCACGAGGGCUACAAGUUCAUGUUUGACGAGAAGCUGGUGACAGUAUGGUCAGCACCCAACUACUGCUACCGCUGCGGGAACAUCGCAUCCAUCAUGGUGUUCAAGGAUGCGAACACACGGGAGCCCAAGCUGUUCCGUGCUGUGCCGGACUCAGAGCGGGUCAUUCCCCCUAGAACGACAACGCCCUACUUCCUCUGAAUGUGGGGCCGACUUGCCUUCCUUUUCUGUCUACUUAUAUGUUCAUUUUUCCCCCUCUUUCUUAAAUUUUUAAUUGUACAAUGCUUUUUUUUUUUUUAAAAAUACUCCAACUUAUAUUUUUAGUCCUUCCCUUAAAGAUUUCAUUUGUUGCAGAGAUCUUUAUUUAUUUUUAUGGUUUUAUUUUUCUGAUGCCAUUCUCCACCAAAAACCUUGGCAAGCUAAGAAAGGCGUAACAUUUUUAUGAGUGUACUGCCCUUGAUGUCACACAAUGGUCUGUCCCCUCCUUGUGCUUUUCGGUGUAAAGGUCUUACCUCGGGCCAUAGCUGCUCCUCGUGGAACCACUAUCUCCUUUGUGGCGCUUUGCUUUAAGGUCUCAGCCUGGAUUGCUGUGACCGGGGCAGUCAAGACUGUGGAAGGGAGAAUCUGCCCACAGUGUAACUAGAACUCAACUUUUCAUGUUGCCUUCAGUCCCUGUCCUGUCUUAGCAGAGUAGCAGGGCUUAUGUGCUGCUGCAGAAGGGCAGUGUGAUGAUGUUUUUAAAGUGGCAAAAUUAUUCCUUCUCUGAGGUGUUUAAGGAGGUUGGACAGGUUGCUUUAUAAAUGGAAUUUUGCGAAGCCAGUGAAAUGCAGAUGAUUCAUUCCCCGCUCUUUUGAAAGACAGUGCUGUGAGUCAGUCUGUAGUGUCCAGUUGCUGCUUUUAAAAUAGACCAGGGCUGGUGGAAUGUGGUUCAGUGUGGGAAGGAACUGGUUGGGUUGUGAUGUAUUUGUACUUUUUAUUUUUUUUUUUUUCCCCUCCCCCCUUCUUGACUGUUGUAGAGACUGCAGCCCAAAUAUCAGUUAAAUAUUGAAAAUAAAACGCCUU